ACUGACGCAGUUGCGUGAGCCGUAGUCGUUAGACUGUGAUUGUUGCUAUUGCUCUCGCUGUCGCUGUCGCUGCUGUUGUUGUUUUGUUCGUGUUUAUUUGUUCGUUCUUGUGUCAGUUUUCUGCUUUGGUCGCAAAAAUAAAAUAGUAAUCUAAACUUGAACGAGUCAACAAAUAAACCCAAACAUGCAGCUGCUGCAGUUUCAAGCGAAAUGGGCAACAUUGUCGUUGUGGUUGAGCUUGCUUUUGCUGCUGGGUGGCCAGCCGACACCAACAGAGGCGGUCAUUGAGGAUGUAUUGGAUAUUAUACACAUUGUUAAGGAGGUGACCACCGGCGUGCUGAAGGCGUGGGAUAUUGUACAAUCGUCGCCAUUGGCGGCCAAUAUUGAAUUUCCGCUGAUGCGCGAAAAACAGCGGAAAGUGCUGCAGCGUCUGAAGGAGGUCAGCAGACAGAUUGACGAGACGGAGGCACAGCACUCGCAGUAUGUGGCGCUGGCCAUUGAGUCCGUUAACAACUUCAUUAGUCGGAAUGUACCGUUAAUGGCAAAAAUGAAUGAAAUAUCGGAUACGAUGAAUCGCAUCUCGUCGCGCUAUCAGCAAAUGCAAAACUACGAGACCCACAAGGAUAAGCUAGAGAUGAGCACACUGAUCACAUUCGCUGAAUGGACCGUUUCGCCCAAUGCCUAUUCGGUGCAUCAUCUGAUGGAGCGAUUGCACUUGACGCUGCUGGGCAAUGGCAACGAUGAGAAGAUAAAUUCAUCAUCGAGCAAUUUGCUAUCCCAACUGGCGGCCAGCUAUGAGGUGUCCGCCGAUGAAAUGUGCCACACCAAGCAAUCGGCCCAACAAUUUGUGUAUUCACUGUACACAGACAUCGCACUGACCGAACUGAAGGGCUACACCAUGAUGGAAUUCUCAUGGAUGAUGCUGCGCGUCUAUGGGCGUGGCAAUUUCUCACAGGAGGCGGAACUAAUGCGUCGCGACUAUGAGAAGCGCACAGAGCGAACACUAAAGCUACUUAAAGAGGUGAUGCGCCGUUCCGAUCGUAUUGUCUGGCGCUGUGAUCCCGACCGUUUUGUACUAAACAAAACAUACGAUGAGGUGACACGCCUGCUGCAGGGAUACAUUGAGAACGAGGUGGAUCUGAAUGCGGAUGAGACAUGCCGCGAGACAUGCUCCUUCUAUCAGUCGACGCGUAGCGAGGGCUGCUUCAAGGAAUACUUUUGCUCGCGACAGCCCAAGUGCACGGGUCGCCUCUACAACUGCCAGUUCGUUGACUCUGAUAUGUGGGUGUGCCCGGCGGCAGGGAAUAGCACACGUCGCUACGAGUAUGUCGAGUACGAGAAUGGACGUGUGCUCGGAAGGCGUCAGAGGUGUGUGCGAGGCACCACCAAGGUGGACAGCUGGUGGCGUUAUCUCUUCUGGCAUUGCAGCUACUGUUUCUGUCUGUGCGACGAGCAGGGCUUGAAGUCUGAUCGUUUCUUUAAUCUGCGCGAAUCCGUGGCGGAUAUCAAGAAGAACAACGUUGUUACCGGCCUGCGUUUUGUGAAACGGAAUCGUGUGUUCCAUCUGCAGAUCCAGGAGGGUCAACUGCUGCCACGUGGCGCCAUCAAUGAGUCAACCUUGUCUUGGAAGCCCGUCGAUGAAUACAAAAUCUAUGAUCGAAAUGUUGCCAAGGGCAUUGACUACCACACGCUGAGCUAUGAGAGUCGUUCCAUUGAUCUGGAUGACAUCAUGAAAACAGAUGACUAUAGUUUUGUGGUCACCGGACUGCGUUUCCGUGUCCUUGGCGCCCAUUUGAAUCUGGAGGCGCGGCUCACUGAAUUCGAUUUCACGAAGGGUGAACUCAUACAGCCGGAAGUGAAUAGCGUUUGGCAAUCGAAUGACAAUACCGAUGUUAGCGGUGAACGCAGACAAAAGAUAAACAUCUACAAUGCUGACGUGCCCACGAGAUCGGUGGUCACCUCGAUACCAAUAUCCAAGCACAAUCAAUACAUCGAAUUUGUCAAUUCGGGCAUGGACAAGGAUGCGGCGCAGAGCACUGUCCCAUUUUUGGAUAUACAGGAUGUUGUGUCACAGCCGCCGGUGCCAUUAGCCGGCAUCGGCCUCUACUAUAAGGGACGUCCCGGCUAUGGUGGCUUUCUGGCACCCAAAAUUAUCACCUACGACUUUACGCCGCAUGUGCAGGUGCCAAAAACCAUUAACUAGAUACUGAUUGUUCGAUGAUAUUGUAGAACAACAACACGUCUCUCAUAUAAUAUAAUUAUAGUUUUCUAUGCAUAC